AUGGCUAACAAUGAUUUUGUGAUUGUGGAAGAAGUUGAGAGACUGAUAAAGAAAUCAGAGUACAGCAAAGCACUGGAGAUGAUUGAUGGAGAGCCAAAAGGCCGAUGGUAUUGGGUGAAUGUGUGCCCAUACAAAGGAUGCAUACUGUAUCAUCAGGGCAAGUAUGAGGAGUCUGUUGCAUUUUUGGAUGAUCUUAUACAGAGAUAUCCUGAAAGUACUGUAGCAAAGAGGUUUCUGUACAAAGGACUCAUGAAGAAUAAUAGAUUCAGGCAAUCCUUUGAUGUUGCAAAACAAUGCUGGAAAGAAGGAGACCACAGGAGAUCUACGCUUAUUUGGAUCUUGGCGUAUUCUUUUGUGUUCCAAGAGUAUGAUAUGCUGAAUGUGCUAUACAUGGACAUAGACGAUCAGCUGCUGCUUUCGAUUGGAUAUAUGUGUGCAGGCCGAUUUGAAUGUGCAGUUGAUUUAAUGAACCAGGUUUCAGGGCAUGAGGAGGCAAAAUGCUAUCUUGAUGCAUUUCUUUCGAUUUGCACCAAGUCUAUGUGGAUGUUGGACUAUGUAGGAUACAUAGAUGAGGAUGUGAUGAUCAGACAGAUAAGCAUGCAUGAGAAUAUAAAUGUAUUGUUUAGUAAGGUGAUAAGACAGGGAUGCGAGUAUGUAGAUGCAAAGGUAUUAUACAUAGCAAAGCAAACGUUGAGCAAAGAAGAGUAUGCGCUGUUUGAAACAAGAUUCAGAUCAUUGGACAUAAUACGCAUGCAUACCUGCAGCAAGAAAUGUUUGAUACGAAAGCUACGAAUGAGGCAUGAAGAAACAAUGCACCAUAAAAAAAGAAAGCCUGGCGCCUUGGAUGUGCAUGCAACGCCACACAAUGUCUCUGGGCAAGUAAGUGGCAACAAGCAUCAAGAAAGGUAUUUUGAACUGAACAGUGCUCUUGAUUCAUUGAUUAGUAAUUGCUAUAAGGGAGUCAUGGAAAUCAAAAGCAUUUAUACCACAGAUAGUUGUGCAGACAUUGGUGAGUAUUUGAAAGAAAGACAAAACUUUUUUGUGUUGAAUAAGAUACAGAAUGCAUAUUCGCUGAACAGCAAUGCCAGAGAGUCGUCUAGGUAUGCGUUUCUGAUAAAGUGUGUUUACCUGAACUACUUCAAAGAUACUUUUGAGUAUUUGCUGAAGCAGAUCGAUGGAGGAGCGGUUGGUGUUGUCAUAGAAAUGCUGAACAGUAGAAUGUUUCGGCACUUAGCUGAUUAUUGCAGCAUAGAUGCAUGA